CUAAACCUAUCAUAUGUCUUAAUAACUUAUCUCUGGACAUGUCUGUGAAGAAACGGGCUUUAGAGAGCAAGAACAAUGGUAGGCACAACUCGACUCGUUAUUAUCGAUGCUUGUCGUUCUCGUUCAUGGAGUCAUCAACGGAAGAUAAGAAGAAACCAUCUUCGUUGAAUCGUAUGGAUUCCAAAAAGCUCAAGGCAGAGAUCGUCAAGUGGGCAAAGCGUGUCGCGGCUUAUGCUCGUCAACUUAGCUCGAGGAAACAAGAUUAAAGAGUUUGAUAACAUAGUUGAAGAAAGCUUAUUGGAGUUUUACAAUUUAGUUUAGCUCUCAUUCGUUAAAUUAUUUGUACGUUUUAUUUUUUCAUUUGACAAUUUGAUCAUUUUCUUUGUUGAAGCCAUUUUGGUUUCUUUUUAUUUUUUUGGGACAAAUUUAUCUUAUUCAGCAGUUUUAUCAUUCCUAAUGGAAUUAUCU